GGCAUGAUGCCGACCCAUGCACAAAAGCAGUCACUGAGGCCGUACGUGAUUGCUAUGUAAUGGUUGAAGAAAUUGAAAGGAAAAGGAAAGAAAAAGAGGAUCUCACAGUCAUUGGGAGACAUGCACCUUUAGGAACAGGGACACAAUUAGGUUGUGUUGGAGGGCCUUCUUCCUUACCUUCAUAUCGUCCCACUCAUUUUGCUACUACUCAUGCUUCCGGUUCUGCUUCUAUAAGUGCCAGUGCCAGUGCCUCUGCCCCUUCUCAUGUUCCUAGCACUGGCAGUGGUAGUGGGAGUGUUAGCAUUGGACCUAGGAUUCGUAAAUCUAGGUUGGAUACCUUUUUUGCACCUCGCACUACUCCUGGGUCCCAACAGUCACUUGAGAGCAUGGGUUGGAACAAGGAGGUCCAUGAUGCUGCUAAAAUGGCAGUUGGCAGAUUUUGGAUCUAUGGCAGUAUUCCAUUCUUCACAGCCAGAUAAAUGUUUUAUGUUUGAUUGUUUUAAUUUUUAUAAUUUGAUUGUUCGUAUUAAUUUUUGUUGUAUAUAGUUCAUUAUACAUAGUACAUACUUAUCUCAUUAAAAUUAUUUGUGACAGGUCACCUUAUUGGCAAGAAAUGGUUGAUGCCCUUACCAUUUGUGGGGCGGGGUUCAAAGCCCCUUCUGAGUUUGAUUUGAGGGGACCCAUUUUGACUGAAUUGGUGAAUGAUGUGAAGAAAGAAUUGGGUGAUCAACGCCAAAUAUGGAGCACUAAAGGUUGCACCAUCAUGACUGAUGGUUGGACAGACAGGAGAAAUAGAACUCUCCUUAAUUUUCUUGUUUCUUCCGCAGGGGGCACCGUUUUCAUCAAGUCUAUUGAUGCCUCCGCCCAUUGCAAGAAUGCCACCUACCUAUGUGAGCAGAUAGAGGAGGUGAUUAAUGAGGUGGGUGAAGAGAACGUGGUACAGGUGGUGACUGACAAUGCACCAAAUUAUGUUGCUGCAGGCAGACUAUUGAUGGAGAGGCGCCCAUCUAUAGUUUGGACUCCAUGUGCCGCCCAUUGCAUUGACCUCAUGUUAGAGGAUAUUGGAAAACUUCCAUGGGUCAAGACGUGUAGAAAAGGCAAGAAAUGUGUGCAAAUUUGUAUAUAAUCAUUCAUGGGUGUUGGCUCUUAUGAGACAAUACACAGAGCAUAAGGAGUUAGCUCGUCCAGGAAUCACAAGAUUUGCCACAAACUUCAUCACAUUGCAGUCCAUGCUUCGUUGUAAGAUGGCCUUGAGACGUAUGAUUGUUGGUGAGGAGUGGUCUUCCUCAUCCUAUGCUGCCACCCCAGCAGGGAAAGAUAUGGCAGACUGCAUUUUUGAUGAGCGAGGCUUUUGGAGCCCUUGUGAUGAGAUAGUGAAGUUUGUUAAGCCCUUGGUGGUUUUGUUGCGAGUUGCGGAUGGAGAAAAGCCCGCAAUGGGCUACAUAUAUGAGGGCAUGGAUAGGGCGAAAGAGGGCAUCAAAUCUAUCUAUGCAGGAGAUGAGAGCAAGUAUGGUCCCAUUUGGCAGAUCAUUGAUAAGAGAUGGCAUCAUCAGCUUCAUAGGCCCAUCCAUGCAGCAGCCUAUUAUUUGAAUCCGGCAUUCCAUUUUAGCCCUACUUUCAGGGCUGAUGCGGAGGUCCUUGAUGGGCUAUACUCAGUCAUGGAGAAGAUGGCACCUGUUGGUUCUAC